UUGAGCGUUCGUCGACGAUGUCCCUUAUCACCGUUUGCACAAUAUUUAACAGACGGUGAACAGGAAGCUCUUCAUGAGUUGAUUAUCGAAGCUAGACAAAGCGGCGCAAAUGAGCCAGAAAUAAAGGAGCACAUAAACAGAUAUCUGAAAGAGAUUCUUUCACCCGAAAAGUUGAGCCAAUUUGAAGAAGCCAAUGCAAAAUUUGAACGAGAACGUUUUUCAAAGAAACUCAGUAAGUGGUAUCAUACAGAAACUGAUUGUAUUUUGCACAAUGACACAAAUAUUGAUAAAAAUAAAAAAAAAAGCUUUAAACGCAACAGAAACUCGGUCUUAUAA